AAAACUUGUUACAAGGUUAUAACAUUUGCACAUGUUUGCUAGGCAUUAGGAAAGCUUAGUUACAGUAUUUAUGAAAUGGUAAUAACUUGUUUCUACCAAUUAGAUUAUACUUGGCAUAUUACUACACCUUCUGAGAGGAAGCAGAGUGAAGGAAACAAGGAACAACUGACCAAAACUCUAGGUGAACAGGGCCAACGAGCAAAGGCUUGAAAACUCAAGAGAAUCACAAGCCCGAGUCUCCUAGCCCAACUCAGCCACCACAGCCCAAUAUUUUAAAAGGCCACCUUCACCUAAUCCCAAAUCCAGAAACCCUUGAAAACAAACCGAACACCCUCUAGCAAUCCACAGCACAGUGCAAACUCCAAAAAAUCUCAUUUUGUCUCUUCUUUUUCCUCUCCCAAAGUGAUGGAACGGGAAGAAGAUAUUUACUACUGGGGCAACAUCUCAGAGGAGGACUAUCACAAGCAGCAAGGGAUCAAGGGAUCAAAAUCAUUCCACACCUCACCCAGAGGCCUCUCUCUCUUCACAAGAUCAUGGCUUCCCAUCUCCGGCACUCCACGUGGCGUCAUCUUUGGGGUCCACGGGUAUGGCAACGACAUGAGCUGGACUUUCCAGUCCACACCAAUCUUCCUUGCUCAGAAAGGUUUUGCUUGCUUUGCCCUUGACCUUGAAGGCCAUGGAAGAUCUCAAGGCCUAAGAGGUUUUGUUCCCAAUGUUGAUUUAGUUGUCCAAGACUGUCUCUCUUACUUCAAUCUCAUCAAGCAGGAUCCUAACUUGGAUGGGUUACCAUGUUUCCUGUAUGGAGAGUCAAUGGGUGGUGCUAUUUGUUUGUUGAUUCAUUUUGCUGAUCCAAAAGGGUUCCGAGGAGCAAUUCUGGUAUCACCCAUGUGCAAAAUUUCAGACAAGGUAAAACCCAGAUGGCCACUUCCUCAAGUCCUCACUUUUAUCGCAAAACUCUUGCCUACUUUGGCAAUUGUACCAACAGAAGAUCUCUUGUACAAAUCAGUCAAAGUGGAAGAAAAGAAGAUUAUAGGGAACAAGAAUCCUUUAAGAUACAGAGGAAAGCCAAGAUUGGGGACAGUUGUAGAACUCCUGAGGGUAACUGAGUAUUUGAGUCAAAAACUAUGCGAUGUGAGUAUCCCAUUCCUUGUAGUGCAUGGAAGUGCAGAUGUUGUUACGGAUCCGGCAGUGAGUAGGACUUUGUACGAGGAAGCAUCAAGCCAAGACAAGACAAUAAAGAUUUAUGAAGGAAUGUGGCAUUCUUUGUUGUUCGGUGAACCUGAUGACAACAUUGAGAUUGUUCGUAGUGAUAUUUUAUCUUGGUUGAACGAUAGAUGUAACACAAAGAUCUGAACAGGUUUAUCAUUUAUGUACCAUGAUCCUUAAGAGUAAGAAGAAAAACAAAUUCCGGGGAACCAAACUAACAGAAGCUGCGUAUUUAAUUGUUUUCCUGUGUUGUUUUUAUCCAUAAGCAAGUCAUUUGCUUCCUCUUAA